AUGUCCACACAACAUAUCAAGUCACAGAGCCCAGCUGCCUUGCAGCCCGGGUCCGUCGAUCCCCUCGUCGACUCCAUGCUGGACCUGUCCGGCUACGACGACGCUGCCGCCCAGUACCACCCUCACUCUCAAUCCCAUUCGCCCUCGCUAUCGCCUGCCGCCUCCAAGAACCUCACCCCUUUCGCCAGGCCGGUCCCGGCCACCGUCCAGUCCACACAGGGCUCGCUGCUGUCCGCCUCCUCCGCACAGCCUCUCACCGGCCCCAGCCACCAGUACGACCUCUACAAGCAGCAGACCGGCAUCGUCCCCGGCGCCCUCGCCAACACCCUGCAGGUCAACCAGAACAACGUCCACAUCGGCUCGGGCUACCAGCAGUUCGAUAUCGACGCUUACUUUGCUGCCAACAUGAACGACGCCUUUGAUUUCAACGCCUCCCCCGCCCAGGCCGCCAUGGACAUGGACUUUGACUCGCCCUCCGCCGCCGACCAGAGCCUGUUCUUUGGCGACUCCACAGUCAACCCAAACGCCAUUGGCGGACACGAGGACCACGGCCUGCCCUCGCCCCCGGGGUUGCCCAGCCAGAGCAAUGCCGGUCGUGUCUGGCCCGGCAUGCACCAGCAGGCUGCUCUGGCCAAGGCCCAGGCCCAGCAGAGGCAGCAGCAGCAGAUCAUCGCACAGCAGCAGCAGCGCUCCAACCAGCAGCCCAGGCAGCACCGUCAAAAGGGCGGGGCCCAGCCCACCGAUCCUAUUGUCGAGCAGAAGAUCACCCAGCUGCUGAACUCGAUGCGCGCCAAGUCCUCGGGCCCCGACUCCCAGAACAGUGCACCCCUGAUGAACCUGCCCCGCCCCAGGAAGGAUGAGGACGACAUGGAUGAGGACGAAAGGUUACUGGCAAGUGAGGAGGGCAAGAAGCUGAGCAGCAAGGAGCGACGCCAGCUCCGCAACAAGGUCUCCGCCCGCGCCUUCAGGUCUAGGAGAAAGGAAUACAUCACCCAGCUUGAAGCCGAGAUUGCCGGCAAAGUCACCGAGAACGGUGACUUGCGAGCUCAGAACCGGGCCUUGAUCGACGAGAACAAGCGCCUUUCUGACCUGACUCGCAUGCUUCUUUCCUCGCCUUCCUUCUCGGACUUUCUUGAGCGCCUCAGCACAAACCCGGCUCCUGCCUCCCAGCCGGCCCCACAGGUUGACCAGAGGCAAGACGCACGGCAGGCACCCAAGGACGUGAACCCUUAUGCCGUCCACCAGCAGGCCCAGCGCCAACAGAUUGGUCUUGCCAUGCUCCCGGAGCAGGAUAUGGAUUUUUCCAUGAUCGGGGUCGACGCCGAGGCCUACAACUACCAGCCUCAGGUCUACGCUGUCCUCGAGACCCCUGAACCGGUUCUUGAUGCGUCUGUUCUUGCCGGCAAGUCUUCCAACUUUGUCGGCGAGGCUUUUGAAUCCGAACACGACGAGAAGGUUGACAUGCCGGUCAUCGAGCGCCCAAUGAUGGCCGAGGAGAAGCCCAGCGCACCAAGGGCCCCCGAGUCGCCGCUUCCCGUGGAUGACCAAUUCGAAAACGACCCCGAGUUUGCCUUGUACCACGGCUCUUCGGCCGUAACCUGCUCAGAGGGCCGGACAGCUGCCGAGCUCGACUUGGGCGGCCUUGUACCACAUGACCUUUUUGGCGGCGUGGAGUCCGGGAAGAUGCUCGCCCGCUAUGAGCUUAUUGAUGUCGACGAAGAGGAGGGGAAUGCAGCUCGCGCUAUGGCUCGGUUCCAGAGGCUGUCAGAAAGUGUGGAACACGUCUGCUCGAGGCUUGAAAUGCUUACGGCCGACAUAUGA